AUGAGCAACGCAAAGACGGCGCUUGGUAUACUGGGCGGAGAAGAUGAGUUACUGCAAAGCUUUGUACGUGUUGGUCUGAAAACGGACACUGACGAUGAUCAGCAGCAAUCGAAUGUAACGUUUUCGGGUGGAGCAGGUGGUGGUGGAAGUGGCGCUGGUGCUGGCGGAAGUGGAGCCAGCGGUCCACAGACGACCACCAUCCAACAUCAGGCCAGUCAGGGUAAACUGGAUACGCAUCUGAUUCGCCAGUUUUCCGAUCAUUGUUCGGAUAUGAGUGAUAAAAAUGCACCCAGAAAGUAUCGAGAUUUGUUUAACGAGCCAGUUGAUGUGAAGAAACGACGGUACUUUGAUGAAGUGUACACCGACAAAGAUCGUGCUGCUGCCGUCAGUAUAGGAAACUUUGAUAUCAAGCAAAACCUUAUCAACAAACGACGCCAGGAGCGCAACGAAGCGUUACAAACCGAGGAAGCCGAACCGGGUGCCAUUUUGGCACUGGGGAUGCGUGAGAUUAAGAACGGAAACUUGGACAAUGCUGUUCUGUUUAUUUCUAAGGCUUUGGAAAUGAACAACAAUGAUCAGAACGCGUUAGUUGCUAGAAGCCGAUGUUUCUUGCAGCUUGGCGAACCGGGCAAAGCUUUACAGGAUGCAGAGACGGCUCUCGUGCUAGACAAGAAUAAUAUUCGGGCGAUCUACCAGAAGGCAGAAGCUCUCUACUACUUAGGCCAGUUUGAACAUAGCCUGAUGUUUUUUCACCGUGGCUUGCGUUUGCGUCCGGAACUGGCUAGUUUCAGGCUUGGUGUCCAGAAAACUCAAGAAGCGAUCGAAAAUACGAUCGGUAACAAUACUAAAAACCAGCCGCAGAAAAAACCUGCGAAGGUGGAGAAACCCAAGACUGCUAAACGGAAUCAACUAUCGCGAGAAGAGCUAGAGAAGCGUGCUUCCCGACGACUGCUGGGUGACUUGUACAUUGACAAGGAAUAUCUGGAGAACCUGAUUAAACAUCCAGAUUUGCGCAAAGCAGAUACAAACACGGAGGGAGUCUCGGAGUUCGCGAAGGAUGCGAUAAACUUUCUGAACAAUAGACAAGAGUUCUGGCGCCAACAAAAGCCUUGCACGAGCUUGAAUGCAAAGAAAAUUACCGGUGCGAAUGGUAUGCUUCCGCGUUGGUUAUAAGGACUUUGUACCGAUAUAGCAACCGAAAAGAACAGUAGAAACAAAGCAGAAGAGUAGAAGUAAAACAUACAGGAACGAUAACGCAACAGGACGAAUCGUGCAGUUAUAGAUCUAUUCUAUUACAAUGUCUCACACAAGAUUUUAUUAUCUUGCACUGUAAGGAUUUCCUUGAGAUACUUACCAAUCGAAGUAGAAAUUGCUUGUAAACACUUUGUGAUAAGCACUUAGCACAAUAAAGGAUAAGAUGAGGUAAAAACACACUAAACAAUAGAACCUGGUCUUGGCAAAACGCACCCUUCCAACGCUAAUGGAAAUGCACUUGUUUUCCUUGGCAUUUAAUGCGCUUUUUAUCAUGUAUUUUCCUGUUCUUCAAAAAUGGCGACUACUAUUACUAAAUAUAAUAAAAAUUAAGGAUUAAAUCCCCUAAAUACAGAAGCAUACAAUAUAAUCGAUACAAUCGCGAAAAGGACUUGCUAAACCACUGUGCAUGAUCACAACUAUUGAAGUACUGAACGAAGUAUCAUAGCUGCAAUGUGACACACUGUCAACGCGAGGUUGUUUACCUAAACGUCUUAAUAAAAGAAAAAUAAAUCAAAAAAUAAAGUU